AUGCAGUUAAAUUUGUCUUCUUGUACAAAACUUGAGAGGUUUCCAUAUGUUAAUGUGGAAUCUUUGAAUCUAAAAUACUGCUCUAGUUUAAAGAAAUUUCCAGAAAUAGAUGGAAGGAUGAAGCAGGGAACUGCCAGAAAGAUUAAGACGUCAGGCUCUAGGAUAAGGGAACUGCCAUUAUCUUUCUUUGAUCAUCAACCUCAUCUUAUAGAGGUAGAUUUGGAUGGCUUGACAAACCUUGCAUCUCUUCCAAGCAGCAUUUGUAAGUUGAAAGGUUUGGUGAAGCUACAUAUGUCUAAGUGCUCAAAACUUGAAAGCUUGCCAAAAGAGAUAGGUGAUUUAGAAAACUUGGAGGAGCUUGAUGCCAGCUAUACUCUAAUCUCACGACCUCCGUCUUCCAUCGUCCGGUUGAACAAGCUUAAAUCAUUGACUUUUCAAAAAUAUAAACCAGAAGAUAGAGUGAACUUCGUGUUCCCUCCAGUGAGUGAAGGGUUAUGCUCAUUGGAAGAACUGGAUAUCAGUGGCUGCUAUGCUGGAAGACUUCCGGAAGACAUUGGAUCCUUAUCCUCUUUGAAACACUUGAAUCUCAGUGGAAAUAAUUUUGAGCAUUUGCCUCGUAGCAUAGCUCAGCUUUGUGCUCUUGAAUACUUGAACUUAUCAGAUUGCAAAAGACUUACACAGCUGCCAGAAGACAUUGGAUGUUUAUCCUCUUUGAAAGAUUUGAAGCUCAACGGAAAUAAUUUUGAGCAUUUGCCUCAAAGCAUAUCCAAACUUGGUGCUCUUGAAUACUUGUACUUAUCAGAUUGCAAGAGGCUUACACAGCUGCCAGAAGACAUUGGAUGUUUAUCCUCUUUGAGAAACUUGUAUCUCAAGGGAAAUAAUUUUGAGCAUUUGCCUCAAAGCAUAUCUGAACUUGGUGCUCUUUAA